GUCUCACCUGUGUGCAGCUUUCCGCUACGCUAGUCCACCUCACCAGUCCACUCCAACGACCCAUGUUGGACGGAUCGACUGCACUAGUGUCCGCACGGAUUAUUUUUGUGGACAACGGUUAACGUUUCGUAGUACCCGCGGCUUGGCAUCGUUAAUUAUUCUCGGAAAACUUUUAAUUACUCACUUUCAAAGAGUAUUAAAUGCAAAUUUAGAUCUUGCAUAUUUGCUGUAAAAUUUUACAAAACUGCAUACUACAACAUACUUUUCUCGUGAUUUUAGUGCAUACUUGUGACAACUCGAAGAUUUAAUAUCUAAUAUUUAGUUGCUUUUGUGAUUUUAUAUUUUGUGAAACCUGUGAACAUUAAUCGUUUCAAGACUUUAACUCAAAAUUUGCCAAAUACUAAUUAAUUCUGUGCUUAUCGCGAAUUUGUUUAACGGGACAAAUUAAAUGUUUAUUCUUCUGUGGUAUUUAUGUAAAAGCAAAGGAUUAUAAAUUUUUAUAUACAAUGUUGAAAUGAUCAUUUAAGGGAACAGUGUACAAUUUUAGCCAUGAUGUAAAUCAUCUCCUUUGUUUCCACUUGGACAGUACGCAUCGGAGUUGCCGAAACAGUGGGUGGUCAAUUGAUUCGUCUCUCCGUUACGAGGAUGAUGAUGAUGGACAUGGGCAUGUACGGGACCUAUGGCAAACCUGACUCAUAUCCUAACUAUGUGUUCUCGGGUCAAGGAAAUCAUCACCAUCAUCACCAUCACCAGCCUUCAUCCGUCGGCGGUCACGUGUCUGUGCCUCCUUCCCCGGAGGUAGCUCCAACUCAUUAUUACCCCCAGACUGCAGUGGCGCCAUAUUCUUCAUCGUCUUCCGAGAGUUUCCUAACUGCCGAUUCGGGCACGUCGUCCAGUACACCACCUCAAGGCUUCUACUCCCCGACGGGUGCGGUUCUCCACGAGAAUGGCUCUACCACGGCGAUAAUUUCCUCGGAAAAUGGUUUAAGCUACACCAAUCUAGAUUACGCGACGUCCUCAUCGUAUGCGAAUCAACAGCAACACACAGUAGCCUCGGUAGACCCGCAUCAAAAUUAUCACGUUCAACAGUCUGCUUAUCGAGAAGAUCCUCAUCCUCAUCAUCAUCAUCACCAUCAUCCACCCGGUGGUAGCAGUCUCCAUCAAACCACGGUACCCCCAACUAGUCAUCCGAGAACGGAACACGAUCAGCAACUCCAUCAUCAAUCCUCUAGUCAUCACCACCAUCAUCAUCAUCAUCAUCACCACGAACCCGAUUACCCAAUAGCAGUUGGCGGGACAUCGAAUUAUCUUCAUCAACUGUCCUCCUCGGACGAAUCUUUGCAUUAUCAGACUCAGAUUCAACAGAACGAGUUUUCGACGCAUCCGCCGGGACAUUAUAAAGAAGAGAAUUCGGACACAGCUACCUAUCAUAUUUUGCAGCAAUCCAGUCACCUUCAACAUCCCCAUCAACAUGGACAUCAUCAUCAGCAACAGCACUCGCACGCGCAUCAUUCGCAACAACAGCAACAACAGCAACAGGCGCAAGUACCCACGUACAAGUGGAUGCAGGUCAAGAGAAAUGUACCUAAGCCAGUCGCGACGAAAGCAAAUCCUAAUGUAAUUGAGUUUGGUGGUGGCGCAGCCGCAGGAUCGAGCUCGUCCGUGUACGGAAGCACCGCCAGCGGAACAGUAAGCUGCAUUGCCGGUUCGUUAGCCGGUAUCGCUGGUAAUUUCAACAAUACAGGCCGUACGAACUUUACGAACAAACAGCUCACCGAAUUGGAGAAGGAGUUUCACUUCAAUAAGUACCUGACACGAGCGAGGCGCAUCGAGAUCGCUUCAGCGCUGCAGCUUAACGAGACACAGGUGAAGAUCUGGUUCCAAAACAGACGAAUGAAGCAGAAGAAGCGUAUGAAGGAGGGUCUAAUACCGGCGGAUAGCACAAACGUGACGCCUUUGAGCGGUGCCAGGAGCAGCAGCAAUUCCCCGACGGGCUCGUCCAGCCACGAAAUCGGCGGUCUCGGCUUGUCUAGCUUUCCCAGCGACAACAGUAGAGAAUCACCUCCAUCUUCCAAGGAUUGACGCGACUUUUGCUGCAGUAACGAACGGCACUACGGUCUAUGAUUCGACAACUAGUAGAGCUCGGUCUAUUCGACUAUCGAAGCUACAAGUUUAAUAAGAAUCAUGACAAUUACUGCAGCCUCGAGUCAUUUUCUAAUUCACUAUUUCAGGCUGCAUCAUGAAUAUGUAAUACGAUGAAGGCGUUAAGACAAGUAAUGACAUUCUGUAUCCUGAAAGUAGAAGUAUGUGAUAUAUGUAUAUUCGGGACACAUCUAUCUUCCCGUUUCUAAACUAUAGAAUAUAACAUUGAUUGUGCUCUAAUUCCAUCAUAUUAUACGGAUCAUACGAAUUUAGAAAGGGCAAAGAAAAAUUACAGCUAUAAAAAGGUGUCGAGAAAAGUUUCAUAUUAUAUAACGUUGCAUUCCGAAUUGUCCUUUCGGAAAAUCGUCCCAAUUUUCACUGCUUUUAAUUAGUGCAUUAAAAAUGAUAGAUUGUAUAUUAAUUUCGCGUAUUAUUUAUUUUGCGUUAUCAUAGUUUUCAAUGCGCCUAAAAAUUGUAAGUUUAAAUUCUAUGUUUCCUCACAAUUCACGUUCUCUUCAAGGUUACCAUGUAUCUCAGUUCACAUAGCGAUAUUUAUAAGUAUAAAGGUAAAUGCUAAUGAUCGCGCGAAUUGUUUAUAUAUUUCUAGUUAAUUUUUUUAGAAACUUUUCAGAGUAUUACUCUUGCGACGUGUACUUUAAUAAAUAUAAAUAUUACAUUAAUCUAAGUUCAAACUGUUCUUAAAUGACAAUAUUUUUUCGAUAAUUUUGUUUAACGUUUAAUUUUCUCUAUCAUCUUCUCAACUGCAAAAUUUUAAUUCACUGUACAAUUGUAAAUGAAUUUCUAAUUCAGCUAUGCAAAAUGAUAUUAGACUAUGUCACAUUUUCAUGUUAAAAGUAAGAAGAUAGCAAUUGAAUACUGUCAUCCGCUUAUUUCUUAACCCUUCCAGUAUCCUACGAUUAAUAAAUUGUUUAAUUAUUUAAUUCAAAAAACUUAUAUUUUAUUCAAAUAACUUAUGUUUUAUAUAUUAUUAAGAAAAUGAAAUAGGUGCUUCUCGUAUCUUUAUUUUGAAAUUAAACUAAGAAUAUUAAACUAAAAAAUAUUUCAAAAUAUGUAUGCCCAAUUCGAUACUGGAAGAGUUAAUUUGAUCUUACUGUGAAAUAAUUAUGAUAACCUUAAAAUUUACGUAACAACCUAAAUGUCAAAAUAUAUGUAAAAUAUCGCUAUUCAGAAUAGAAAACAUAUUGCAUCAAUUUAAUUUUUAAAAGAAAAGAAAUUUUUAUGAACUAAAUAAUUUAUAAUUGAUUAUUUUUUUUACUGUAAGAGAGGAUCGAAACAUAAAUCAAUCCUAAAGCGCCAAAUUGGUCUAAUCUCAAUAUAAUAAUAUUUAUCUCAACGCGUGAUAACAAUAGUAGACAGAAAUAUAUAUUCUCAAUAAUUACAAAAUUUUACAACUAAUUUCCAAACCGAGAUAAUUCAAUAUAAAUAUAAUAAAUUUUCUCGCCCAACAGCGUGUAUGUAUUUAUAUGUAAAUAAUAUUCUACGCAAACUCUGGGCCAAUAAAAUUAAUCACAAUACGUAUAAAUCUCCAUAUAAACUGAAAUUUAGAAUUAAUAUCCAGAACAAGGUGUUAAGAAGUUUCAAACUUUUUAUCGGCAAAUUGAUGAAAAUAACGGCUAACGUGAUUACAACUGAACUAUCAAGUGGAUUGAAGGUUCGCACGUUUAACGUAUACAAAUUAGCAUAAUCAUACAUAUUUAUGUGAGUUACAUGGUGGUCCAUUUGAAUGCUCCGUACCUAUAAAGACAUUCCUAUUAUGAUAAAAUGUCAUUAGUCUAUAAUACCAUGUAGACUUCUGUAGAAAGAAUAAAAUAUUAUUGUACUAACUAA